CGAUAGUCACUGUGCGUCUCUGAUCUAAAGCAAACAGAUUGAUUCGCACUGCACGUCCGUAGCUUCCCUGAAACAUUCUGACCACGGAGCAACAUCAAGCCAGCACAAAAUUGUGGGAGGACUUUCAAGUUUAAGAUAACACCGGGUACAAUCUGGUUACCCAAGCAAAGCUGACAGUCUCUGCAGCGUACAGGGACGUUAACAUCUGAUAAAGUGAACUGUAGUCGAACGUCUUUUCCUUUCAGACUUAUCUGUGGCAGUGGAGAAGUCUCGACAUGGAUAACCUGACGACUGUAAGUCCAUCAGAUGUGGAUGGGGAGGUAGUGGUGUAUCCUAGUUUUGCGUAUCGAGUAGUCUACGCUACCAUUAUUGCGAUCAUCUCUGUAGUCGGUGUGAUCGGAAACACUUUCGUUAUCCUCGGUGUUAUCGUCUACAAGAAACUACGUACCAAGACUAACGUCUUCGUGGUCAAUCUAAGCGGUGCUGAUCUCUUCAACUGUUUGAACCUUCCUUGGAUGAGUGUUGCUGUCCUCAGUGUUGAUGGCUGGCCGUUACCAGGUUGGAUCUGCAGCUUUGCGUCUGUGUCUUUGCUGGUCUCCAUUGGAUCAAGUCUGUACAGCUUAGGAGGGAUAGCCCUCUGCAGAUGCGCCUUGGUAACUAUGAAUCCUACGGAGUAUGCUAACUUCUUGACCCGUCGUCGAUUAGCCUGUUUGAUGGCGAUUGUCUGGACUGUACCGAUUACUGUCUCCCUCAUGCCUCUGACUUUUGCGCCAAACUUCCUCGGUUUCAAUGACAAGUACGACAUGUGUAUCUGGGACACCAACCACUGGUUUUCCAUGACUUACAAUGUAAUCUUGUCUAUCUGCUGUUUCCCGCUACCACUAUCCGUCAUCGUGGUGUCGUAUGCACGUAUUUGGCGUCACGUGCGUCGUCACGCGCAACGUAUGGCGCGCGUCUCGGCCCGCAGUGUAUCAGGCGUCGUGGACGGGAACGGAGCGCGUAAAGCACCGGUCAAUCGCCGCCAAAUGGCCGUCACUAUCAACAUGUUAAUUAUCAUCUGUAUCUUCUUGGUCUGCAUCACGCCAUACAGCAUGAUUCUUGUCUUGCCUGGUGGAGAGAUCGUUGUGCCCGCUUUCGGAGUGGUUCUGCUCAGUAACAGCUGUAUCAAUCCACUUAUCUACGCUACUAGGCAUCCUGAUUUCAAACUGGCAUUCGCCAAGAUUCUCAGAUGCAAGGGAAAGGAACUCAUGUCAGAAAGGAGUCGUGUACAAAAUACGCAAUCUUGAACAGAAACAGUUACCCUCAAAAGCUUUCAUGUUUGAUGUUUUAACAUCAACACCACUGCAGUGCAUUUGAUCUAUGAGUGAUAUGUUUUACAGGAUCUAAAAACUAUAAACUUAAGUUAUUACUACUGUUUGACUUUUAUUAUACUUCUUAUAAAAACGGAGACAGAGAUAGCAUAGGUUAAACGAUAUUCAAGGGAUUUACACUUUUUGACUUACCACAUGUUUUGGAUGCCUAU